AUGGCUUCCAACGGAUCUGCCAACCCUUACGCCGGCAUGGAGGCAUUCAACUUUGUCUCGGGUCUCACCGAGCCGCUGGUCGACUCCAUCGACGCGCUAAAGAUUGGCCACUUUGUGCCUACGCGCGAGAACCAUCCGCCGCCGGGCACCAUGCCCGACUCGAUCCUCGGCGAGGGCGUCAAGAAGCCCGCGCUGUUCCAGACCAUCACGCUGCCCUUUGCCAAGCCCGAGUCGUCGGGCAAGAUGACGUUCAAGAACCGCGUCAUCGUCUCGCCCAUGUGCCAGUACUCGGCCAAGGACGGCUUCCCCACGCCGUACCACAUCGCCCACCUCGGCGCGUUUGCGCUGCACGGCGUGGGCAACAUCAUGGUCGAGGCGUCCGGUGUGACGCCCGAAGGUAGGAUCACGCCCCAGGACCUGGGCAUCUGGUCCGAGGCGCACCGCGAUGCUCACAAGGCGCUCGUGUCCGCGCUCAAGUCGUUCACCGACGGUCUUGCCAUGGGUCUCCAGCUCGCACAUGCCGGUCGUAAGGCGUCCGACUGGUCGCCCUUCCACCGCGGCGCUCGCAAGGAGCAAAAGUACGUCACGCGCCAAGAGGGCGGCUGGCCCGAGGACGUUGUCGCCCCGUCGGCCAUCGCAUACAACGAUGGCUUCAUCACUCCGCGCGCACUCACCACCGAAGACGUAAAAAAGCUCGAGGACAACUUUGUCCAGUCGGCACGCUGGGCGUUCGAGGCCGGCUACGACUACGUCGAGCUGCACGGUGCACACGGCUACCUGAUGCACUCGUUCCUUAGCCCCUUGACCAACCACCGCACCGACGAGUACGGCGGGAGUCUCGAGAACCGCGCGCGCUUCAUGCUCAAUGUUGCGCGUCGCAUCCGUGCCGAGUUCCCCAACAAGGGCCUGUGGGUGCGCGUUAGCUCCACCGACUGGGCCGACCAGGCGGGCAAGGGCGACUCGUGGACCGUCGACCAGACCGUCGAGCUUGCCAAGAUGCUCCACGACGCCAAGGUCGACCUCAUCGACGUCAGCUCCGGCGGUCUUGUGCCUUUCCAGAAGAUCACCGUGGGCGCGGGAUACCAGCUCUUCGGUGCACGCGCCGUGCGUGAUGCGCUCGUCAAGGCCCAACCCGACCAGGACAAGCGCAUGCUCGUCGGCGCCGUAGGAAUGAUGGAGGGCUCCAACGACUCGCCCAACGCCUACGAGCGCUCCGAGGCCGGAAAGCUCGCAGAAGCCUCGAUCCAGCAGGGCGACUGCGACGCCGUGCUCCUCGCCCGCGGCCUCCUCUCGUACCCCAACUGGACCGAGGACGCGGCUGCAGCCCUCACACAAGGCACCAAGUCGGCCGGCAACCCGCAGUACCACCGUGCUCACCCCGCCAAGCGGUCGUAG